AUGGGCUUUCCUUUGAUCGAACAGUACCCAUCGAUCGUGAGCUCCGACGUUGGCGGCGUAGUUGCCAGUAUCGGCAGCGAGGUUCAGUCCACCAGCCUGAAGCCCGGAGUACGAGUGGUGGCAUUAGCUUCCUCGUUCUACUACAAGGGAUCCCCGAACUAUGGUGCCCUUCAGCGCUACGUCCUCGUGCGUGCCGAGUGUGUGACCGUACUGCCCGACGCCUUGUCCUUUGUCGAGGGGAGUGUGUUCCCCUUGGCGGUCUUCACGGCCUGGAAUGGUUGGAAUUUCACAGGCGUUCCCCUCGCCCCUCUCUCGGCACCCGCAGGUGCUAAAAAGGAAGUUGUUCUUGUCUGGGGCGCGUCGACCAGUGUCGGAACCAUUGCCGUUCAGGCCGCUAAGGUGAUGGGGUACACAGUGUAUGCCACGGCUAGUGCGCAGCACCAUGACUACAUCAAGAGCCUUGGCGCCACGCGAAUGUUUGACUACAAGGCUGAGGAUGUUGGAUCGCAGAUCAAGAAUGCUGCGAAGGAGGAUGGGGUCGACAUAACAAAGGGGUAUCUGGCGCAGGGAGAUCAGCAGCUUGUGGUGGAUCUGAUGAAUGAAUUAAAAGGUCAAGAGGCGAGAGCAAAACUGGCUAUUGCGCCCCUUGUCGACACUGAGUUGAAGCCGCCAGAGACCGUGGAGACAACAUUUGUCCGCCCACCUGAGGAUCUUGCAGAGCGGAACCAGUGGUCCAGUUGGAUAUUCAAUGUCUGGCUGCAGGAGAAUUUGGCUGGUGGCAGCCUGGUCCCAAGUCCGAAGAUUAAGGUGGUGGAAGGGGGUUUGGAGUCGGCCAAUAAGGCUUUGGAUGAGUUGCGCGCUGGUGUCAGUUGCCUGAAGAUCGUGGUGCAGCUGUGA